CAACGCCAAACGUCUCUUUUAGUUGCUGUGCAGUAGGGUCGGAUAGCUGAACCCAUUUCUCAAUCUGCUUGCAAAACGUUGGCAUUCAAGACGCUCAAUGAAGAGGCUCUUUACGUCGAUUCUCCUUAUUUUAGCGAUUGAAAUUGCACACGCUCAGGUUUCGACGUCUCCUCCAACGCCCAUGGGGCCUUCGGUACCCCCGUCAGAGGCGCAAACGUUUAAAGAGCGAUUCGAAGCAGACAAUUCCAGCAGUAUGUCUUCGGAUGUUGGUAGUUCUGGGGAUAUUAACGCUGCUGGGUGGAGCGGUGAAUCAUCGAUUGACACGUCAACAAGCGUUGAUGGUUCCGACAGCGAAACUCACUCCGUCAGCUCGAGCGAUGAAGAGGACGACUUCAAUAGCGAAGGUCAUUCCACCAACUCGAACGACGAAGGUUACACCAUUGACUACGAGCCGGCAUCGAGUAACGACUCGGGUAACAGCGACUCUGGCAUUGACAUGAUCGUCGCAGAUAACAGUUCUGCCGGCUCGAACGUGGACGAAACUUCGCAUGGAAUGAGGACUCAGCCGCUGCUAAUAUUCUCGUCGAUGGCAUCGGUCUUUAUGACCACUGUACUUGUUGUAUAAACAUUCCUUCUAGUAGUAGUAUUAACAAGGGAAGUUUCAAUGAUUUCAUGUACGAGCUCCCUGUCUUGUAUGUAAGAAGUCGAAAAACAAUGACUAUUAUAUGCACAUUGUGGUUUUCUA